AUGACAUCGUCAUUAUUCAAUAUCGUCCUGUUGUUAAUAAUCAAGGACUUUGAUAAUCUUCUCACGCUAGAUGAAUUAUGCAGUAACGUAUCAUCGACUAAUUCAACGAGCAACAUUUCUCAAGCGUAUACGCCACUUCGAUAUUCAAUAUUAAAAACAUUAGUUAUAACAAAUCCAUGUGAUACAGAUAAAUCCAUUCUGAUUCGUAAUAAAAUAUUUUAUAAAUACGAUCGUGAACAACAUAAAUGGAAGCGAUUAUGUAUCGCUCAAAACUUAUUUGACAAGAAAAUUCCAAUAGUAAAUUCCAUAGCUCAUUUAAAUAAUGAUCUAAUUCUAAUUAUCAAUGGUGUUUUAUUUCGUACACAAAAUGUAAUAAGUUCAGUAAAAAACAAUGACAUUAUCUAUAGAUUAAAACGAUACAUUAGUAAGAGAAAUUUUAAAGAAAUUUUCAAGUCACGAAGCUAUUUAGAUCUACCAAUUUUAUUCGAUAAUAUUGAUUAUGUAUUUACAACACCAUGUUGUACAUGUCUCAAAACUCCGAACUACCGUUCUAUAAGUCAUACAUUUAAUGAUUACAUUCUUCUAGCUAAUCAACUUGGCAAUGUAAUACUUUUCAAUUUUAAAUCCGUCACGAUUGUGUAUAAUUUUGGAAAUAUUUUUCAAUUUCAAUCUGUUUGUGAAUCGAAUCAGUGUAGGAUUCUUCAUCUUGGACUUUCACAUUCUAUACCAUCACUGUUGUGUUUUAUUCAAUAUGAAACUGGAAAAGCUGUUAUUGUUCAUCAAUCUUUCUUAAAUUUUAAUUCAACUAUUCAAAAAUCAACUUAUUUAAAUUUCAUUGGUGACACUUUAUAUAUAGCACCAAGUACAUAUCAUAAUAGUUAUUUUAUUUGGGAUGAAAACAGACUUUACUAUACAACCAAUGGAGGUCUUAUGCUGUCUGAAGUGAUUGCCGAUGGUUGUCACUUUGAUUACUUAGAAAAUAUGAAUGAAAAUCAAUUGAAAAACUAUUACACAAAUCUCAAUAUUGAUUAUGACAAUAUAACACUAAUAACUAAGCAAAUCUAUUGUUUAUUUAAUCAAACUAUUGAUUAUAUUUUUAUUUCCAAUAAUGAGUUUUUUAUUAUGACUAAACAUAAAAAAGUGUUAUACGGCAAAGAAUCGUUAGCUCCAUCUAUGAUAAAUCUUAAACAAGAAAAACGAUGUUCUUCGAUGUUUCAAAAUAUCGAAAAUCAAUUUUUACCAGGAAGAAAUUUGAAUACAAGUGAAUGUCUAUUGAAUUUUAACAAACAAUCGUUGGCAUGUUCAAUUUGUUUAAAUCAAUCUUGUCAAUCAGUAAAAACUAAUCAACUUGAUUUUUUACUUAUUUAUGCAAUACCGAUAAGUAAACAUCACGAAAACUAUGCUCGUUAUUUAAUCAAUCGGUCAGAUUCUUGUAUAUCAACUAGUCAAUCGAUUUAUCGCCUAUGGCUGAAAUGGACAUUAAAUAUAACGGCUAGAAACCAACUUUUCCCAAUUCCUCAUGAACGACGUACAUUCUAUCGAACACUAUUAAAUACUCUUGCAAUAUCGAAUAAUUCAUGUCUGCUUUUUAAUGGGUCUAAUCCUUUACAUAUAAAUGAUACUAUAAAUCAAGCAUCGCAUGACUAUUUAAAUUUUGUUCUUCAUAUAAUAGCUUAUAAUAAUAAAUUUAGUUUCGGCGAACUUGAAACAUUUGUGUUAAUCGAAAUCGAGCCAAUGUAUAAUAAUAUCUAUAGUUCAUAUCGUGGUUUUAUUUUUUUAAUAGCUGUUUUUUUAUGCACUACAUUAUUUAUGGUAUUGAUUCAUAUCUAUACAUACUAUAAACAGCAACAACGAAAAAAGCACCUUGAAUAUCAUCGUUUACAUCAGAUUGACGCAGGACAACUUCAUCAAUGGUAUGAUAUUGCACACUAUUUAAAUGCCAAUGAAAAUAAUGAGAAUUAUGUUUUUAUGUGUAACUACUUGAGCAAUCUGAAAUCAACAACAAGCAUAACAAAACAUCUUAUGGAGUAUCGUACUUAA